GACAACUGACAACUGCCCAACCACUUGACAGAAAAUUGUUCUAUUUUUAAAAGUUUUUAAAUCACAUUUUACUUUUUUUGGUAAGAAAAGUGAUCUAGAGUUUAGUGAUUUAUAUUUCACUUCUAUAUCAUUCGAAUAUGGGUGAAGAUAUUCAAAGAAAACUUCAAUUAGAGCUGGACAGUUUUAAAACUGUGCAAAAAGAACUACAGAAAGCAAUUUCUACAAGGCAACAACUAGAUGGACAAUUAAACGAAAACGAAAUAGUUAAAAAAGAACUAGAUCUUUUGCCAGCUGAUGGUAAAGUGUUCAAAUCAGUAGGGCCUGUGUUAAUCAAAACCGAGUUGGUUGAAGCGAAGCAGAACGUCUCUAAAAGAAUGGAUUAUAUAAGUAAAGAACUGAAAAGAGUUGACGACCUGAUAGCUUCCUUAGAAAGGAAACAAGACACUCACAGAGAAGGUUUGCAGAAACUUCAACACCAGUUUCAACAGGCUCAAGUGAAAGCAGCUUUACAUGCUUAGUUUUUAUUAUACAAUAUAACUCCUACUGUUAGGAGGAGUAUACUACUCCUACUGUUAGGAGGAGUAUACUACUCCUACUGUUAGAGGAGUAUAUUUAUUAUUAUUUUAUACUAAUGCUUUCUUUCAUUUAAUUAAGAUGUUAAUAUAUGUAGAAAUAUAAGAGGUGUUUUUUUGAGGAUGCUCAAUACAUAUCAUUCUCAUCUAUAAACUAAUUAUUAUACAUAAGGUUUAUUUACGUUAUAGGUAGACUGUUAUUUACGUUAUAGGUAAUCAAUCUCUUGGAUGGUUUUUGAAAUUAUGGCAAGAUCUUGUGCCUUUAGUUUUGUAUCUGCUAUAAAAAUUAGUUUUUCUAAUUGUGUUAGUUACAUCGUAAAGUAUUUUAUGUUUAAUGCUUUCUUUGAUUUAAUUAAGAUAUUAAUGCAUAGAACGAUAACAAAUGUUUUAUUUAGGGUGUGGAAUACAUAUCUUUUAUUCUCAUCCAUAGAUUUGGUUUAUCUAUGUUAUAGAUGGUUUGAGGUGAUAGAUAAUUUUUCGAAUUCUCAAUUUUCCAAUAUUUUCUCAAGUUCUCCAUGUUUUUAAAACAUUUCUCCCUUUCUUUUGCCGUCGUAUUUAAAAUAUAAUGAUUUUCUUGGGCUGUUUUUGAUAUUAUAUCCAGAUUUUUACUUGUUACUUCAUAUGAGGUCUUAUCUCGAAUUUUGUAUCUGCUAUAGAAAUUGUUGUGCUCUAAUUGUACCGUUUCAAGAUAAGACGGUGGGUCUCUUUUUUGAGCCUGCUUUUCAAUGACUUUUUUCAUAUCUUCAAAAACGGGUGCCCUAUGUUGUAAAGUAUAUCGGAAAAUAUUCCUUAAACUUGCAACUUGUAUAGGGUUAACGUGGAACAUGUUUGUGAAUGAAGAAUGAAUGGAAAUAUGAACGAAUGAAUGAAUAAAAUGGAAAUGAAUAAAAAAAC